AUGGCUUCUAUGUUGGUUCUAGUUUUAGUAACCAUUUUAACCUUCCAUUCAGCCCAUGCUGCUGAACUCAAAACCUACAUUGUCCAUUUAGACUCAUCCAAGGGUCAAGAAUUCACUCAAAAGCAUGACCGUGAAAGCUGGUACCGAUCCUUUUUACCACAAACCACUAUGGGCUCAAAUGAUGAAACUAGUAUUCUUUUUGCAUAUCAUAAUGUUCUCAACGGGUUUGCAGCCAAGUUAUCUGCAGAGCAUGUAAAGGUCAUGGAAGACAUGGAUGGGUUCUUAUUUGCAAGGCCAGAAAGAGUGUACUCACUUCAAACGACUCAUACUCCCAAUUUCUUGGGGUUACAACAAAAUAUGGGGUUUUGGGCUGGUUCAAACUAUGGAAAGGGUGCCAUAAUUGGUAUUCUAGACACUGGAACGACUCCGAGCCAUCCUUCUUUCAAUGACAAGGGAGUCCCACCACCACCAGCAAAAUGGAAAGGCAAAUGUGAAAUAGAAGGGUGUAACAACAAAUUGAUUGGAUUGCGGGAUCUUACAUCAGGUGGAAAUGAUACACGCUUUGAUCAAUUUGGACAUGGUACGCAUACUUCCAGCACCGCGGGUGGGAAUUUUGUUAGUGGUGCCAAUGUAUUUGGAAAUGCCAAUGGGAACGCGGCUGGGAUGGCGCCACUUGCACAUGUGGCAAUGUAUAAAGUUUGUACGCUGGAAGAUUGUUUAGAGAGUUGGAUCCUAGCAGGAAUGGAUGUAGCGGUUGAGGAUGGAGUUGAUAUACUUUCGUUGUCACUAGGACUGGGGAUAGGCAUUCCGUUUAAUGAAGAUACUAUUGCUCUAGGUGCAUACGCCGCUAUACAAAAAGGUAUCUUUGUGGCUUGUGCUGCAGGUAAUUCUGGUCCUUUUAAUGCAUCGUUAUCGAAUGAGGCUCCUUGGAUUCUAACGGUUGGGGCUAGUACCAUUGAUAGAAAAAUAGUAUCAAGGGUUUCUCUUGGAAACAAGGUUAUGCUAGAUGGUCAAACGUUAUUUCAGCCCAAGGACUUUCCUCAAAGCUCAUUACCUUUGGUGUACCCGGGAUUAAAUGGUGUUCAAGAUGCAGCAUUGUGUUUAGAAGGAUCGUUGGAUCAUGUUGAUGUGAAAGGGAAGGUGGUAUUAUGCGAUAGAGGUCAUAAGAUGUCGAGAACUAAGAAAGGCGAAGUAGUAAAGAAUGCUGGAGGUGUUGCUAUGAUUAUAGCAAACCAAGCUCCGGAAGGAGCCAGUACUAUAGCCGAUUCUCAUGUUCUUCCUGCUUCGCAUGUCAGCUACAAAGAUGGACUCACUAUCAAGACUUAUAUCAACUCAACCACAUCUCCUAUGGCCAGUAUAUUAUUCCAAGGAACUGUAAUUGGAACAGACUCGGCUCCUGAGGUUACUUCUUUCUCAUCAAGAGGGCCUAGCUUGGCGAGCCCUGGGAUCUUGAAACCCGACAUAAUUGGCCCCGGUGUUAGCAUCCUGGCAGCAUGGCCCGUAUCAGUUGACAACACAACACAAGCAAGCGCUACAUAUAACAUGAUAUCUGGUACUUCAAUGUCGUGCCCUCAUCUCGCAGGCAUAGCAGCAUUGCUAAAAGCUGCUCAUCCUGACUGGUCACCUGCAGCUAUAAAAUCAGCAAUCAUGACUACAGCUGAUCAAGUGAGCCUAAAUGGCAAACCUAUCCAAGAUGAAAAAGAACUCCCUGCAGACCUCUUUGCCGUCGGUUCGGGCCAUGUAAAUCCAUCAAAAGCUACUGAUCCAGGUCUAGUGUUCGAUAUUGCACCAGAUGAUUACAUUCCUUAUUUGUGUGGGCUGGGUUACACAAGCCAAGAAGUUGGGAGUAUUGUGAAAAAGAAAGUCUCUUGCGAACAAACCAUAUCAGAAGGAGAACUAAACUAUCCUUCAUAUGUGAUCACGUUAGCAAAAGGUGAAAACAAAACAUACUCAAGGACAGCAACAAAUGUUGGUGACACUAAUUCUGUUUACACUAUAUCCGAACCAAAUAUCCAUAUCCCACCGGGUAUAGUUCUCACCAUUCAUCAUCCUGCUUUGGAAUUUACACAAGUAAACCAGAAGCUAACUUAUGAACUGACAUUUAGUCGUUAUAACAAUGUGGAGAUAAAUGUUCCUUACGACCAAGGAUUCAUUGCUUGGCAGGCGGGUACAUACAUGGUUAGGACACCUUUUGUUAUCAAGUACGUAUAA